AAAACUUUUUAUCAUAACCUACAGCAGAAAGUUUUUGUUUUGGGUUGAGACACAUUUUGAGAGUACAUGUGAAUACAUCUUUUUUAAGCUACAAUCAUGAUAUAAAAUAAUUCAAGAUAAGUUAUAAAUUUUUAAAGAAAAAUGGAGUUGAAAGAAUUAGAAGAUGACAAAGCUAUACAGGAGAAGCUGCAGAAUUUACACGAUAGUAUCGAAAAGAUUACAAAACUUUUAGACACAGCUUUAAAGGCAGAUACUUCCCAAUUAUCCAAAAAAGAAAAGAUCGACUACGACUUAUUCCUCACUUACGCUCUAAAUACGUUAUAUUGGAUGUAUCUGAGAACCAGAGGUGAAGAUCCAGUUAAAAACGAAGUAAAGAAUCAGCUUAACAGGAUCAAAGAAUACAUGUUUAAAGCUAAACAGGCACACGAAAGACAAACAGUUAGGCCUAGAAUUGACCAGCCUGCUGCUAAGCGAUUUGUCAAGCACGGUAUCAAGUACAAAGCUCCCAAAAAUAAUCAAGAGCUCCCAAAUAAGAAAAUUCGGUUUGAUGAUUAAAGUUUAGCGUUUUGUUAAUGCGGUAAAUAAAACAUGUUUUUAUCACUGCAA